AUGCGUUGGACUACACUUUGCCAGAUCUUGGCCGCGGCCGCUCUGAGCCAAUCUCUCAUCAUUCCUAGCCACAUUACCGAAGAGGGUACCUACCAAGUCGUCACUAAUACCGAUGGCACAGAAGUGCACACCAAGAUCGCCAACGUCACCAGCAGCACUCCUCACGACGAUGGCCGUGCCUUGGACCGUCGCGACUAUGGCGAAAUCUGGUGUGGCUGCGGCUAUUUCAUGACUCCGUCGAACUGCGAUGCCGCAGUCGAGGACAUGAAGCAUCAACUGGACACCCAGGGAGCGAUCGGCGCUCACCUUUCUUUCUACUCCAUCCGGAACGACGUGGUGGCAUUUGCAUGCAACCGGGCCGAUCGGUCUUUCGAAAUGAGCGGUCAGCGCUUCGCCAUCGGGCUUGAGGGGAUCACGAAAUGGUGCGGCCGCUACGUUGCUGGGUCCGCGGACAUCGGUGACUAUGACUUGCCCGUGAUCUCAGGCUACAUGCAAUACCGAAACGGCCUGGACUUCUGCGGCGACAGCACCCGGGGUGCUUCUCACACGUACUGCUAG